AUGGCCCCAAAGAACAGAUCCUCUGCUUCCACCAAUCCUCCACCGUCUGAUGCUUCUUCCAUCAAGCUCGAAUGUGGGCGCGCCAUCGCUUCCCUUCAGAGUGGAAACCACACCGAAGCGCUCAAACUCAUCAAAGACUCAAUUUCCCGCCACAGCGGCAGAAACAACAACGACAACCCGUACAACUCUGCCAUUCUCCACCACACACGCGCCGCCAUUCACUUCAAAACCGCUUCUCUUCUUGGCGAUUCUAACACAAAACAGGAGCACCUCAAAUACGCAGCUGACUCGGCCAGGGAAGCUUUAGCUUUCUCCCCGAAUUCAAUCUCCUUACCACUUUUAUACGCCCAAGUUCUCUACGUGUUAGUAGGACUCGGCGGAAAGAAUGGCUACCAAGAAGUAAUAAAAGAAUGCAAGCGCGCUUUGAUUAUAGAAGACCCAGUAGACCCUCUUAAAGAUAGCUUCUUCCCAGAAGAAGAGUUCAAAGGUUCGAGCCAAGAAUUGCGAGUAGAGAAUGUGAAACAAGAACUCAGGAAGUUGAUAGCGAAAUGCAAGAAUAUUGGAAGUGAGAAUUUAAACAUGGAAAUUAAGGACGUAAUGGAGAGAGUGAGGAAGGUAGAGGCUGAUAUUGUGGCGACGAGGUUCUUACAGCAGAGAAAUCUUUCGACAUUUGGGUUGCCUUCGCUUGAGAGAGUUAUGACUUAUUGGAAGAACGCUAUGAGUGUUGAAAUGAAGUGGGGAUUAUUGAAAGUGAGUAUCAAAGAGCUUACAGCACAUUUUAGUAAGAAUACGUUGGCAAAGGCAGUUUUGAAGGAAGCAGUAGACUUUGCUAAGGAGGAGAAAAAAUGGAUUUUCUGGGUGUGCUGUUGUUGCGGGGAGAGGUUUGGAGACUGUGAACUGACCAUGGAGCAUCUUAAGGGUAAGCAUAUGGAGAAUCUGUCACAGAGAUUGCAGGCUAAUAUACCAAAAGAAAUUGGUGAUGAGUGGAUUAAGGUGAUUGAAAAUGGUGUUUGGAAGCCCGUGGAUCUCCUUGCCUCGGUCAAGGUAAUGGAAAACGAGUCAAGAUUUGGUGACCCAAUUGAUAAAGAAGGUGACCCUGAAGUUUUUCUGAUCGAAAUUGAUGAAAAUCAGAAGUGGCCAUUGUGUGAGGAUAGUGAGCGCAGGGGGAUCCUUGAGAGAAUUCGUGGACUAUUGCAAUUGUUUCUGAGAAACAGAUGCUUUUCAGUGGGACACCUCCAGAAGUUGAUGAGAUAUGCCUUGGAAGAACUGAAAACUCACAUUCCAGAAUCCCAAAUUGAGAAUCAUGGACUGGACAAAACACUCCUCUGUAUAUGUUUUUUGGAUGCUCCCCGGCUUUGCACAGUCCAUGAAUUCGUAGAAACGCUGGCUUCUUCUUGUGGCUUGUAUUAUACUGCAGAGGAGAGUGUUUUAGAUUCUGAACAGGCAUUUUGCGUUAAAGAGAGGAUAGUUUUCAGCAGUAACUUCUCUUGUCUCCUUUUGGAUGAGAGAUUGUUGCGGGGAGAGCUAAUUCCCAGUACAUAUCAAGAUGCAAUUGCUGAUGAUGGAACUGCUGUAACUUCUACUGUUGAUGUUCGUCAAAAUGCUGAGCUGCCUGAUGGUGUUGCUUUUGUUACUUGGUUAUUGACGGGUUCUGCCAUUGGGGAGCGGUUGCAGGCAUGGGCAAGCCUGAGAGAAACCAGAAACAAUCAAGUAAUGGAGCUUUUCAAGAUUCUUAAAAUGGAAUUUAACCAUUUGCAAAAAAUGUGUUGGAAAAAACACGUUCGUAUGCUAUGCUGGAAAGUACUUAUGGAGUUGGAGAGCAUAUGUGAUGAAGAACAAAAGAAAAGGGAGCAAAGUUCAGAGCCCCAAAGUCAUGCAUCCCUCUUGUCGAAGCUGCAGAGGCAUGUUGAUGCCGUGGCAGAUAGCAUUGAGUUUACAAUCACUAAGUCGAAGUUGAAAAGCAUUUCGGGAAUCCUGAAAGAAGGACAAGCAGACAUAAUUUUCAUAAAACAAACAAUCUUUAACCUGAAACUGGGGUUGAGUAAAGAGUUUCACAUACUUGAUGGUUUGAUCCUGGUGAGAAAAGCUAUCAUGAGACAGACUGAGCUGAAACUUGGCGUUGCAUCUGCAUAUGACUACCGGCCUAUAAUUGUGCACAUGCUCAAGUCAUUUAUGCAGGCAACAAGUAGGAGUGAGGAGCACCUUCCCCUCCACCAUGAAAAUGCAGAACAUUAUUCAGAUCCAGAGAUUGGUAUUCCAAUAAGCACUGAUGAACUAAAACAACACACAGAGGAAGAGAAGAUGGAUGAAGCCAUUGCAAAGAAUGUAGCAGAGGGUAUGCCGCUUGUCUUCUCUAAGCAGUCUGAGAUUGUUGAUUGUUCGAACGAUCGACGCAGGAAGGAUAUGGGUACCAAACUAGUAAUGCAUUGUAGAGGGCUGAUGGUCUCAGCAGUCCAAUAUAAUAGAUAUGUGAUAAACGGCAAGUUCUUUCGAACUAUCGCACAUGAUGUGGGAAAGAGGUCUCAGAAUAGUGGCGUGUGCGUGCCGACUAUUGAUGGCGAAACGUACUACGGGAAAGUAACUCAAAUACUUGAGGUGGAGUAUUACGACAAGACAAAGUAUGUUUUGUUCAAGUGUGACUGGGCGAACACCACAAGGGACUGGGGGUACAAGGUGGACGAGUAUGGCAUAACACUUGUCAACUUCAAAAACCUUGUCCAUAAGGGAGAGCUGAUUAGUGAUGAGCCGUAUGUUGCUAUGAGUACUCGGGGGAAGUCAAGAGGACGGCAGGGAGCUUCUUCUGGGUCGAGAUCACACCAUGGCCAGUGA